CACGUACACACCAAUUUUAUAUGUGCAGUCACAUCACAUGAUCGAAACGGUUUUUGGAUUUGGAUGUUUCUAUCAUUUUUCUUCGUUAUGAAAAAAUCCCAGAAGAAAUUUUGAAAUUAUAUUUCAAUUAAUAAUUCACAAUUUUCUCUUCAUCUAUUCAUUUGAUUGCCAUUUUUAUAUUCAUUGAUCAUUGUAAUUCGUUUUCUGAUGACCAGAUAAUAUGGAAUCUAAAAGUCCGGUACGUAAAUUGAUGAAAACACGAUCAUCAACAACACACUCAUCGCCCAAUAUUAAUGUAAAAACCGAAUCAAAAAUACUGAAAUCAACAAACAAUAUAGCCACGUCUGCAUCAUCAAACGAUGUGGCCAAUAUAGUGAUACAGACCAAAUCUAAUCCACAAGUUUCAUAUAGAGUUGUCAAUCUCAAUCAAUCCAAUUCAACAUUGUUACAAACUACAACAUCAUCUACGGGUAACAAUGGUCCACAAAUAUUAGUAAUGAUGCCCAAUAAUAAUACAAAUAAUGAUAAUAAUCAGAAUACGUUCGUUAAGAAAAGUGAAUCAUUUACAGCCCCAAAAAAUGUAGCGGAUCAAAAACGACGAAUGACACAUCGUGAAAUUGAACGUAGACGUCGUGAUAAAAUUAAUGAUUGGAUUUAUGCAUUAUCAAAAGAGGUACCGGAUUGUGCAACCGAUCGUACAAAACAAGGCCAAUCAAAAGGUGGAAUAUUGGCUAAAACGGUUAAAUAUAUCCAGGAUUUAAGAGCGGAAAAUGUUUCACUACGUUCGGACGUUGAAAGAUUAAAAAGACGUAUAACUGAUAUUGAAGAGGAUAGAAUUCAUUAUAAAGACGAAGCUAUCGUUUGAUGAAACGAACAAAAUUCCUGUGUGGCCUUGACAACGUUGUUUAUACUUGAUAUGGAUGGAUUGUUUUUCACCUGGGCAAAUUUUUUCAUAAAAACUGUCGAAUCAUCAUCUUAUUUGUAGAUCAAUCCAAUAUUGGCACUUGUUUCUUGUACAUACAAUCAAACAAAAUGCAUCGAAUUUCUUAUUUAAAAAAUGUGUAAAUAUUUCAUGGAAAAACAUUAUACAUUAUAUUGUAAUUAGAAAAAAAAGACGAUGACGAAUAAGAAAAAAAAUCAGAUCAUAUUUAGA